UUGUCAAAAUUACACAAGACUGGUUCACUUAUAACUUUGACAAUGCAUUCAUUUCUGUCACCAUUAGAUGAAUUAAUCAGGCAGACCACCAUAACCUGUGCUGAGAUGGGUCUGCUUCUGCUGAGAGUCAGAGACGAGAGUCAAAUGACCAUCAAAACCCACCAGAAGAUGAUUGAAAGCAGCAUUCUUUAUGGCAGCAGAAAGGCGCUACAAUCUGAAAUUGAAACAGUGGAUUUAAAUAAAAGGGUUGAAGAUCUAGAAAGGGAGAAACAGGAUCUGCUGAAAAAAAUGGAUGAACAGCAAGAGGAAAAUGAUGUAUGGAUAAAGAGUGAAACUCACAGGAUGGAAGUGCUGGAAAGCAACUACCAAGAAGAAAUCAAGGUUUUGAAGAGAACCAUACAACAGUUAAAGAUGCUACUGGAAGGAAGCAAUACUCCAGAGGAUUGAAGCGUAACAAGGAGGAAGGCAGACUCAACAAGUUUGUCAAAUGAACAAGUCUCAAGAAAUUC